ACUCACUUACAUGCAAUGCAAUAAACGAAGCUUUUCACGUCCAGUUUCUUUCUCUAUCCUUUUCUAGCUCUAAACGGCCCUUGCCAUACCUAUCUUCAGCCUUAUACUCGCCACUAUUCUGAGAGACGCCUGGAGAAUCGUUCAGUCCAUCGUAGCGUCAAUCCAGAUUUUGUUUCCCAAAAUGAGAACGUCACCAAACAUCAUCGUCACUGGUACGCCAGGCGUGGGCAAGACGACGCACUGCGAAGAGCUCGCUAGGCGUACAGGCCUCAAGCACCUCUCAGUCAACCAAGUUGUCAAAGAUCGGGAGUGUCAUGAGGGUUGGGACGACGAGUUUCAGAGUUGGAUUGUUGACGAAGACAAGUUGCUCGAUGCCAUUGAGGGUGACGUCCAGGAGGGGGCUACAUCAUUGACUGGCACGCCUGCGACUUAUUCCCCAAAAGUUGGAUUGACCUCGAAAUAUCCCGAGGCCAAGCUUCAGGAGAAUCUAGACUCGGAGAUCAUGGAGGUCCUACUUCAAGAGGCUAGGGAGGCUUUUGAUGAAGAAAUAGUCGUCGAGCUUACGAGCAAUACAUCCGAUGAAAUGGAGACCAACAUUUCGAGGGUGGAGGCUUGGCUUGAGCAAUGGAAGAACGACCACUCGUCAUGAUGGGAUGGACGAGAAGGAGUGACGACGUAACAAGAAUUGGACUAUGAGCUUGGUUCCCCUGUGAGACUGGGUUUCUCCGGAGUAGAGGGGGAUGAAAGAGCAAAGAGAAGUGCUGGCGAUGUUACUUCCAGGUUGGGAAAGCGAGGUGCAUGGACAUAUUCGUACCCAAAAGGGCCUUAGAUGUGGUCUCUCUAAAAGUUUUCGUCAGUCCCCUACAUUAACCACGCAAUAAUCUGUUGCGCAGUCAUUCUUAUGUCUCGAUGGUAGGCCCAGCACGCCCAAGUCUUUUCUAUGCCUGCGACAUCCAGAUAUGAUAUAUGCAGGUAGCCGACGUCAGUAAGGUGGAUAAUGCAACAGGGUGCGAUAACAUUUUUCCCACAUUGAGGCAAAGAGUUCGAUGGGGUUAAUGUCAAAUCUCUUACGUACAUAACACGAUUGGUU